AUGAGACAGAUGUGUCAAGACGUCCUCUCACUGCUCCAAGCGGGACGUUUUGUCUUCAUCAGGCAUGGAUUUGAAACGCUAUCACAAGCACAAAGCAAAUCACUUUUUCGGACGGCUCGGAGGGUACCCACCGUACAUGAAGUACAUGCGAAUUGGAAAUCAUCCCUGGCAAGUUCCUUUGCAACCCGCACACGCGACAAAGAUGCUAUCAUAAUAUUGACACGACGGACUCUCAACCACCUUAACGGAGAUGAUGCCAAUGGCUUCUCUGUGAAGGGCGGUAUUUGCACGGCCGACAAUAUUUCGUUGGUGAAAGACGACGGUGUGUUCGGCGUGGUGAACCUACUUGUAAAGAUAUUUUUGCACGCGGCAGGCGUAGAUUUUGACGGUUUUGGGGCUGCCAUUGGAUGCCCAGCCAACCAAGGAUACCUCAUGGGAGGAAAAAAACUGCAUCUUCCUUUACAGUUCUCACGUUGUAGCAUGUCUCUUGUGCAUGCAGCAUUAAGACAGCUGAAGUGCAUCAAAAGCAGGAUGGGCAGUAAGGCGGGCCAUGCUAUACCGAUGCCACCAAAGAUGUCAAGAGACGCAUAUUGUUCAGCAUUAGGCUCCAGGUCUUGCGAUGAUCGAGGAAUGGACAAAUUAGAACACAAGCGUCCCGAAAAAUAUGAGUGCUUUGUUUACUGCUGCAAGGGCUUCUAUAACAUGUUUCAAAAGGUCGCACCUGAUGGACUGAAAUGUGGCGAUGAUUGUUUCAACUAUAAAGACAAGGUGAACGUUCCCAUGGUCGUGGAGGCGAGCCACCCGGGAAACCCAGCCAAAAGAAAGGCCGUUCCCAGCAUGCCCGAAAAUGUACAGGCUAAAGCCAAGUCGGAAAUCAGAGAAAUGUUGAAUUCCAUCUGCUUCGAGAUCCAGAAGAUUAACGAACGACUCUCUGCAGUGGAUCAGCGACUUUUGGUAGUGGAUAAGAAGAUAGACGCGCAAAACGUCAAAAUUCGAUGCUUGGAAAACAGAAUGCCAGAAAUAGUGCCCAAGGUGCAGGAAAUGGACAUCAGGUAG